AUGCGUCUGUCCCUUUUUGCCCUCACGGGCCUGGCCAGUCUCGCAGCCGCGGGCUCGGCCGUGCUGGACCUCAUCCCGUCCAACUUUGACAAGGUGGUGAUCAACUCUGGGAAGCCCACACUCGUCGAGUUCUUUGCGCCGUGGUGCGGCCACUGCAAGAACCUGGCCCCCGUCUACGAGGACCUCGCGCAGGCAUACUCCUUCAGCGACAAGGUCCAGAUUGCCAAGGUCGAUGCCGAUGCCGAGAAGUCGCUGGGCAAGCGGUUCGGUGUGCAGGGCUUUCCCACGCUCAAGUUCUUUGACGGCACCGGCAGCGACCCCGUCGACUACCAGGGCGGCCGCGACCUCGACAGCCUGACGUCUUUCAUCUCGGACAAGACGGGCAUCAAGCCCCGCAAGAAGGCGGCGGCCCCCAGCGACGUUGUGAUGCUGACGGAGUCAACUUUUGGCACAACCAUUGGCGCCGAGCAAAACGUGCUCGUGGCGUUCACGGCGCCGUGGUGCGGCCAUUGCAAGUCGCUGGCGCCCACGUGGGAGAAGCUGGCGACCGACUUUGCGGCCGAGAGUAGUGUCGUGAUUGCCAAGGUGGACGCCGAGGCCGAGAACAGCAAGCAGGUCGCCAAGGACCAGGGCGUCUCCUCGUACCCGACCAUCAAAUUUUUCCCGCGUGGCAGCAAAGAGCCCGAGUUGUACGCCGGCGGACGCAGCGAGGCUGACUUUGUCAAGUUCAUCAACGAGAAGGCUGGCACGCACCGGACGGUCGGCGGCGGCCUGGACGCUGCCGCGGGCACGAUCGAGGCACUGGACGAGCUGGUGGCCAAGUUUGCGGCGGGCCGUGCGACGCUGACAGAGGCGGCCAAGGACGUCAAGAAGGCGGCCAAUGCGCUGCAGGGCCAGGCGGGCGCCAAGUUUGCCGAGUACUACGUGCGUGUCUUUGAUAAGCUGAGCGCCAACGACGGUUUUGUGGCCAAAGAGCUGGCACGCCUGGAGAGCAUCCUGGGCAAGGGCGGCCUGGCACCGACCAAGAUUGACGAGCUGACAAGCAAGUCCAACAUCCUGCGCAAGUUCACCGAGAAGCCGGCGGCGGAGAAGAACGCCGACGACGCCGCCAAGGACGAGCUGUAA